CCCUCCGCCCCCCCUCAGGAGGUCCACCUGUCCAGUCUAAGCUCCACCUCCCUCAAGGUGAGUUGGGUGGCCCCGCCUGCUGCAUCCCGCCAUGGUGCCAUCGUGGCGUACACGGUCAGCUACCAGGCCACGGGCAGCACCAACGAGGACCCGGAGCGUCACGAGGUGUCAGGCAUCGGAGCGGACGCCUCUAGUUAUGUGCUGGAGGGCCUGGAGAAGUGGACUGAGUACCAGGUGUGGGUUAGCGCUCACACUGAUGUAGGCCCUGGCCCAGAGAGCACUCCGGUCAGGAUCAAAACAAAAGAGGAUGGUAGGUUGGGUUCUGGUUCUGCUUCUGGUUGCGGUUUUAACCCUAUCGUCCCUGGGUGAAGCUGACUGCUCUGACUUCUCCGACUGACUUCUCCCGUCCGUCUCUUCGACUCUGUUGCCAUUCUCUUCCCCUCUGUAUUUUUCCCUUGUCUUUAACAGUUCUACUGCUUUCUACUUGUCUCUACGGGUUUUAUUAGUCUCUAGUGGUUUCUACUGGUCUCUGCAAAUCUCUAUUGGUUUAUAUUUGUCUCUACUGGUUUCUACUGAUCUCUAAUAUUCUCCACUGUUCUCUACUGGUUCCUACUUGUCUCUGCUGGUAUCUUCUGAUUCCCACUUAUCUCUAUUGGUUUCUACUUGUCUCUACUGGUUUCUACUGGUUUCUAUGGAACUUAACUAACUUCUGCUCUACAGCUCUUCUCUCUGUACGCUGUCCUGGUCUCAUUGUUGAAAUAUAUAGUGUUGAUCCCUCUAUCUUUCCUUUCCUCUUUUCCUCUCUCUCUUUUUCUCCCUCUUUCUUUGGUUUGACUUUGUCUCCUCUGUGACUUUUAGACUGCUAUCCAUCCAGGGUUAAGGCUCAUCACCCUCAAUGCCCCCUCUUUUCAUUACUUACUCCCUUCAUUAUUUCUGUCCUUUCUAGCUUCAUUAUAAUUUAAUUUUUCUCUCUUCUUCCUCCUGUGGUUCCGUCCUCAUGCAGAGUUCACGUCUGGCUCCCUCUGAGCCCAGAGAACUGGAACACAACUCACUCAGUCACUCCUUUUUCCACUUCCCUCUCUUUUCUCACUUCUCUUUUUUUUGUUCAUGGUGAGAUUGUUCUGAUUUUUCGUUAUUUAGCCCCCGAAAAGGCUCACCAGGAAGCACACAAUGUCAUGACUCGUGUUUUGUCCUUAAUUUUAUUUUAAAUUAAAUGACCACAGGUCAUAAACCUGAAAUACAACAAACAAAUAAUGACAAUAUAUUAUUCAAAUAUAUAAUGUAAAUAUAUUAUUCAAAUAAUAUAAUAUAAUAAUAAUGUAAAUAAUGAAAAUCAAAUAAGCCUGCAACACCAUCAAAAAAUUUGGCAAAUCUGUCUUAAAACAACAUUGACUACAUCACCCAGAAUGCCUAGCGCCCGAGGAGCAUGCGCACAGUGACUCUGCUGUCACUGGUUGCUAUGGACGCUGUCACAGGACAUGGAACCCAUGCCUCGUCCAAACGCAACAUAACGCUCACUCCACCAUGGAUCACAGAACCAAACCACCGCUAUCACCACCGCCACCAGAAACCAGAAGAGUGCUCCGAACAAUCAGCACAACGCAAAUGGCGGAUAAUGAUAGCCUAAUGCUAUACAGCAUCUGGGUCGCUGAGCUACCGCACCCAGCGAGCUACAAGUUACUCUCGGCCAACUAACACCGACACAGUGAGGUAAACGUUCAGUGCUCAAACAUAUAAGUGAUUUAAACAUUAAUGCUAGACUGUGAGUAGUUCGUAGUUACAUACCAACGGGCUGUGUGCUCCUGAUGAUUGUCUGCGGUGAAAUGAUUACCAGCUGCCAUAAUUUAAGUCUCUAGUGAAGCUGCGCAUGCGCACAUAACGUAACAUAUAUGAGCAUCUAAGAAACUUAAAGAAAUCACUCGUUCCCCAUUUAAUUGAACACAUCAGACCCAUUUGCUUCUCUUUUAUCUAUUUAUAUAUGUAUUUUAUUUUUAUUAAAUUUUUUCCUGAGUGAACUAGAAGUCUCAACACCUCCCACUUGGCCGACUGAUCGAAGAUCCAAGGAGGGCACAGUCUCUUGAGUCUCUCAGUGAGAAUUUCAAACUAAAGUCCAGUCUUUGUAGGCAUUUACAAACAAACAUGUAUUAACUAAGGAGGUAGGCUCCACCACCUUUCCUCCUACUGAGUGUAGGUUUGCCCUUGAAGCACUCAGUUGCCUCCCAGGGUUACCCGCUAGCUAAGCAAAGAACACAGAGCCACAGUCUUUGGGUACCCCAUGGCGAGGACUUAUCUUACCUCCUCUUGGUCUUCAGCAGGAAUCAAGAUCACCAACCUCCGCAAAUCCCUGCGAAUGACGAUUGUCGUGUGCAUGGUAGAGUCCUUUCUCCGGGCCCUGGGAACCAUGGGAGCAGGAAGACCCAUGCAGGUUGACAACCCCCUUCUCGUCUGGAUAUGUUGUAGCAACCCGGCCGAGCCGGAACUGCCCCCUUAGAGCGUUCUGUUCCGCAAUCCAGACUACGUCUCCAACCUUGAUACUUCUCUCUGCUCGGUGCCACUUGUGUCGUAUGAACAAGUUUGGUCCUGCCAGUUCACUCCAUUUCUUCCAGAACCUGUCGAGUCCAGCCUGGACAGCCCUCAGUCAGCGCCAAGAGCGAGUUUCCAUGUCGAUUCCGUGUAUGUCUCCUCCCUGUCCGGUGCACCCCAGGAUAAGGGAGUUGGGGGUCAAGUACUCCACUGAGUCCUCUUGUUCCUGUGCCCUGGCGUCGAUGGGUCGCUCAUUAGUCAAGUUGGCUGCAGAGUAGAGAAGGGUCUGGAACUCCCCCCAGGUGUAGCAGCCAGUUGUUCUGCCAAGACUGUUAAGAGCUCUUUUAAGGAGCUUGACAGCUGCCUCUGCUGCUCCAUUCCUGUGUGGUGAGUCUGCAGGAUGAAAGUCCCAUUGCCACUCUGUGCUAUUUCUGGCAGCCUUGUCUUCAACGGAUGCCUUCUGCAAACAGGCCAGGUGCUUGUGUAGCUCUCUCAGAGCAGGCCUGGUGCCCAAUAAGUUUGUGCCUCUGUCUGACCAUAGCUUUUUGGGAUGCCCCCUCAGAGCAGUGAACCGGGAGUAGGCCUGAAGAAAGCUCUCAGAAGACUGGUCGUCGACGAGAUCAGCAUGGACGGCUCUGGAAGUCAUGCAGCAAUACACGACUCCCCAGACCUUUUUCUUGGUUCUUUUCUUAACAGCGUCCCUCACUUCAAAGGGUCCAAAGAGGUCUAGUGUAGUAUACUCGAAUGGGUUCGCUCUACUGGUACGUUCCUGAGGAAGAGAGCUCAUCACUUGCUGGCACAGCCGGGCUCUUUGCUUCUUGCAAGUGAUGCACCUGUUGACCACCUUCUUCACUGUCCUCCGACCUUGCACAACCCAGGCCUUUCUUUUAGUGUGCAGUAGUGUGGCGGUUUAAGGUCGUAUCCUGAAAGUUCACGCCGUCUUGGGCCGCAAGGGCUAGGUCUUGGAAAGCCGCCGUUCUCUCUCCCACAGAUAGCCUGGGGCCCCUCACCUCCCACUUUGCUGAGCUCGAGGCUUGGUAGCUUGUCCUCAGCCAGGAUUCUGCAGCUCUUCGAACCCAGGCGAUUGUUCCACACAAUUUAGACAAGCUACUGAAUCGUUCGGGCCCAACAAGGCGCACUAGAGCUACACCCCAGGGCUUCCUCUUUGGCCUCUCUACUGCUGGAGUUGGACCUUGGUCUUUCAUCUGCGGUCGCGUUGCGGAGUCUUGCAAGUCUGCCCCAACAUCAGUAUUGCUGGGGCCUGAGAAUUUUUCUGCCUGAGACCUGGUGACUACAGCUGAGAAUGCUCUUCUCUGCAACCUUUUAACGUCAUCAGCCACGCUGGUCACUAUCUCACUGGCCGUCUUCACAGGCCACUCAGCCUCAGGCCAACUCAGGAACUCUGGGCCUUGUUGCCACUCUGACCCUUCAUCGAGUUCCUCAGGAGUUGCUCCCCUUGUGAUGAUGUCUGCUAUGUUCAGGUUGCCCUCAAUCCACCUCCAGUCUUCCACUGGUCCAGCCUUCUGGAUCUCUCCGAUGUGGUUAGCGAAGAAAGUUUGGUAGCCAUAGCUAUCCUUGUGAAUUGCUCCCAGGAUUGUUUGGCUAUCCACGAAGUGGACCCAGCGUGCGACCUUGAUGCGGCAGUGCUUUACAAGGUAUUUUCUCAGAUGGAUCGAAAAGACAGCACCACAUACCUCUGCCUUAAUCACGUCUCCUUUCUGGUUGAGAGGGGUAAGCUUUUGACUCAAACAGCCUCACUACGACCCCAUUCUGCAUCUCCCAACGGAGGUAGAGCACCACGCCGUAGGAAGCCUCACUCCCAUCUGAAACCGUGACUCCCAUUGGAUGGCCUAUGGCUCCAGUUGGUGUGAGGCUUCUUUUGAACCUGAUCUGGGCAAGGCUCACAUAUUCUUAGAGGAGUCUUAUGGAAGCCUCCCGUAGUUUUGGUGAGAGUGGGUCAUCCCAAGUGUCCUUAACUGGACUGAUUAUACUCGCUUCUUGGUAAGCUUCUCUCACAAGCAUCACCCCUUUCUUCUUUGCUGGUGUGGCAAGACCAAUGGGGUUGUAGAAUCCAGCGAUCUAACUUAGCAGCAUCCGACGGGUCAAUGGGUUUGGAGUUUUACCUCUGACUUCCUCUUCGCGCAAAUCGACUCCUGUCCUCAUCUUUCCUCUCUUCUUUGAGACAUUUACGGAGGUCAUCACACAAAGUUUGUCAGUCUCUGGUUCAUAGCCUACUCCAAGUGCUUUGCUUUCUUCGUCCCGCAUCUGGUUGGGUAACACCAGCGUUUUGGGCACACUCCGAGUUGUCUUACUGAUACUGGCAUCAGUUGUGGUUGCGGACCUCCCACUUUGGCCUGAUAAGACCCAUGGCUUAAGGGAGAAGCCUCCAGCCUUUAAGAUCUUUUCCACUCCUUUGGUGAUUUUCUCCAGUAUCUGCAAGUCAUUGUGGGUCGUCAAGAUGUCAUCCACAUAACUAUCUUCUACCACAACUCUGCGCUCCUCAACCAUGGCUGCAAACUGGGGCAGGUUGGCGGUUUCUCUCAUUGCCACCUGGGCGAUACAACCAGCACGUUAAUCGCCAAUGUUGACCCUGACGACAGCAAAGACUUCAAUCACCUCCUCAGGAUUGUCUCACAAGAGGAAUCGAUGGAGGUGUACUUCUUUGUCUUCUAGCCAGACAGAAUUGUAAAAAAAAUUCACAUCGCCCAGGGCGGCGUACAACCCAGUCCUGAAUCUCAGAAGCACGCCCCUUAUCUGAUUUAGGACGUCAGGACCCUUGUACAGUAGGUCAUUUAAACUUAUUCCCAUGAAUUCUUGGCUACUGUUCCAGACAAUUCUUACAGGGGUAGUGGUUGAGUGAGGAUUAGGAGCAACUAAAUGACUGAUAUACCACUUAGGUCCCUUCCAGCUCUCGAUUUCCUCUUGGGUGACUUUAACGGCAGCCCCUCUUGAGACCAUAUCGUGGAUUUGCUCUCUGUACGCAGCCUUCCAUUCCGGCUCCCUCUCCAGUCGUUUCUCAGUGUUUAAAAAGGUCGCUUCCACUGCAAGUCGAUUAUCAGGCAGCGCUGCGGGGUCUCCUUUCCACGGGUAAGCUGCGUCCCAUUGAGGGGAUUCACUGUGCUUGUCAGCUUGCACGUAGGUGAGACAUUCCUUUAUUUUCUCCAAGUCUCUUUCCUCUCCUAGGGUCAUUUCCUUGCCUCCAGGGGGGCACCUACCGCAUCUGCAGCCACCACACUGAGGAUCACAGGCGGCGCCAAUACUGUCCCACUUGAACCAUUCAAAAACGUAUUAGUUUUUUGAUUUUUAAUAUUUUUUUGAUUUUUUGAUUUUUUUCUUUUUUUUCUUUGGGGGGAAUGGAUCAGCUUAAUAUUGCAGAUAGAUUGUAUCUUCUAUCAAUGUAAUUGUCUGCAUCACUUCCAAUCCCCCAUGUUAAUUAUUUUUUUAUAUAUAUAUUUUUAUAUAUAUACUCCCCUUUAUUACUUUAAAAAAAAAAACGUAUUUGUUGGUAGUUGCAGUGUUUCGGAGGAUUGCGUCUUCUUCUUCCACCGAAACUCCACUGGGUCCUUCCGUCUUCACGAGAAUCUCUUUGUACGCCCUUGAAGCUGUUCUCAUUGACCUAGCAAAAUGUGUUUCAGACCUGUGCACUGCUAGGUCUAUCACUUCAAAGAGGUCAGGAUGCGUUCCACCAACAGUCUUCCCAAGGGGGCCAUCCCAGAGGACGAGGUCUCCAACUACACUGACUGGCUGUGGGACCAGGCGACCCUCCCUGUGGCUAAUCAACAGGUCGAUCUUUUCGGGCCGGACCAAGUCCUUGAGUGGAAAAUUUGGAAAGAACUUCUGCAAUUUCUGUGGUGUGACAGCUUGGUUCACCUUCGCAACAUCUUCCAAGCCGUAACAAAGGAGUUUGUGCUCUGCUACUAUACCUUUGGGAGUUUUUACUCUCUGCCUCAGGGUAUACUUCUUGGUAGUAAUGGUUUUCUCCAUCCCUCCAACACCUUGGACAAUCAACUUAAUGUUCUCACCAUUUAGCUUGAGACGCUCUGCUGCUUUAUUAGAGAUAUAAUUAGUAUCUGAAGCGAGAUCAAUCAACGUACCAACUAGCUGGCCAGAGUUUGUCGUCACAUCCAACAGCUUCAUUAUGACAGGGCACUCUUUUGGCUCAAAACCAGUGCUAGCACACACUUUUGUCGUGAUCUUAUUUGAAAAGGCUUCUUUGAACUCUGCUCGCAGCUCUAUAGAAAGUUUGGCAAGGAGCUCCUCCUGUUUGUUGGUUAGUCCAAGCCCCCUUUUCCCCAAUUUUGCAUCGCUCUGCUCUCCGCUCUUUUCCUCUUUCUUCUUGAUCUGUGGCUUUGGACAGAGCAAGUAAUUGUGGUCUGAAGAGCCCUCUUUCUGACAGUCAUCCUUUGAGCAUAGAUACUUUGUGUGCAGCCGCCAUUGUCACCAUGAAGGCGCAAGCACUUAAAGCAUGCUCCUGCUCUCCUAAACUGAGCCUUCUUGCCUGUCAGAUUGAGCUUCUUGAAGACCUUGCAGGCGAACAGCCUACCUCCGUGCUCGUUGUCUCCACAUGUGAUGCAUGAGCUUGGUUGAGAGCCCUUUAGGGUGUUUCCUGAUGUGGCUCUGGUGAAUGCCCUCCUUUCUUUUUUCUUUUCGCUUGACCUCUCAGUAUUGUCCGCCGGGCUAGGCUGUAGCUGGUCUAGUUCCUCGAGAAUGUCCUCCUGCUUUUUCAAGUAUUGCAGUAGACAGUCGAAGUGGUUGCGUGGUGAAAACCCGCUUCCAGGGUCAUUUUUGUGUGUUAACCACUUUUCUUUCAGGGAGUCAGGAAGCUUACUUUCAAUCGACUGCACAACCACUCGGUUCUUUACAGCAUCUUCCUCCCCUAAGACUUGUAGGUCACGAAGAGUUCUCUCCACAGCUUGAAUCAGUUUGAUUGUCUUCCUCGGAUGGUUUCCUUUGAUGGGGAAAAGUCCUUGCACUUCUUGUGCAAUCAGCAGCACUAUUUUCAGCUUAUUUCCGUACUUGUUGUGCAGGAGCCUGAACACAUCAUUGGCGAAUCCACAGCUGGACAAUACGAGGUCCCUCUUGAAUUUUUCAUCUAGCGUUCCCAAGAGAUGGAAUUUCCUCACAUUUUCCAAUCCAUGAGUGUCUCCCAGACGUUGCAAGUCCUCCCAUUCAGCUUUCCAGCGGUAGUAAUCCCUCAUAUUACCAGCAAACAUGGGCAAGCGUGCACGUUCUAGGCUGAUCUGGGGCCUGUAGUUGUAAGCCCCAACUGGCUCCUCCUGAUUUUCACUUUUCCCAAUUUCUCUUCGUCGUCGGAUUGAGAACCGCCUUUCCAUGCCCACUCAUCCCACAGUUUUUCACGCCUUUUCUUCAACUUCCGGAUCUGGUCCUUUGACUCUGUUGCCUUGGAUCGAGGGAUCAAAUCUUUCCACUCAUCCAAUCCUCAUUUGAAGUUGUAGACCUCCCGUUCCAGGUUCCUAUGAAUCAAUUCACAUUCCCUCCUGGUCAUAUGGUGGUGAUCGGUUGCCUCGGCCUGGUCCAGUGAGGGUGGUAAUUUCCGCCUCAACGAACCUUGUCCAGAAGCUGAUCAGGAUGAUUUGUUCAGUUUCAUCAAACUUACAGUCACAUUCUGCUGUUUUUCCGUCAAUGUUUUCCGCCUUCUUUUUGACUUCAUCGUCGUCCACUUCUCUCAGGGCCGUGGCAUACUCAAACCCUGCAUCUCUGACUCUGGAGUGAUCCACUUUAAAGUUCCUCCACUCACUUCUCAUUUAACUUUCCCCCAGUGCACUAGCUCUGGAGGCGAGGUAAUUGGCUCUUCUAGUGAACGCAGUCUGGGCUGCUGACCGCUUCUGUUUUAGCCUCUCCAGCUCCUCCUCUGAUGCUGCCAUCUUGCCAACUUUUCUAGCGUUUAACUCAAGUUCAAGUGUUUUCCGCCAACUGGGUUUUAAGUAGUCCUUUAACUGUAGACUCUAUCCUCUUCUUGGCUUUCACUCAUUAAUGAUUUGCCUAGUAAGUCAGCAGAUGAGCAGACAGCUUUAUGGGUGGACUGUUAGCUUAUCAGUCUCAUGACGAAUGUUCUAGUCCUUGCAUUAUCCAUGUAAAAGGAGAACCGUGGUUUAUGACUGUUCGGAUUUUUCGUUAUUUAGCCCUCCGAAAAGGCUCACGAGGAAGCACACAAUGUCAUGACUCGUGUUUUGUCCUUAAUUUUAUUUUAAAUUAAAUGACCUCAGGUCAUAAACCUGAAAUACAACAAACAAAUAAUGACAAUAUAUUAUUCUAAUAUAUAAUGUAAAUAUAUUAUUCAAAUAAUAUAAUAUAAUAAUAAUGUAAAUAAUGAAAAUCAAAUAAGCCUGCAACACCAUCAACAAAUGUGGCAAAUCUGGUUUAAAACAACAUUGACUACAUCACCCAGAAUGCCUAGCGCCCGAGGAGCAUGCGCACAGUGACUCUGCCGUCACUGGUUGCUAUGGACGCUGUCACAGGACAUGGAACCCAUGCCACCACAUGCCUCGUCCAAAGGAUUUACACACGCACAAACGCAACAUAACGCGGCACUCCACCAUGGAUCACCGAACCAAACCACCACCGCCACCAGAAACCAGAAGAGUGCUCCGAACAAUCAGCACAACGCAAAUGGCUGAUAAUGAUAGCCUAAUGCUAUACAACAUCUGGGUCGCUGAGCUACCGCACCCAGCGAGCUACAAGUUACUCUCGGCCAACUAACACCGACACAGUGAGGUAAACGUUCAGUGCUCAAACAUAUAAGUGGUGACUUAAACAUUAAUUAACACACACACACACACACACACACACACACACACACACACACACACACACACACACACACACACACACUCACAAGCUGUCCUAAAUAGUUUUCGGGGCCAGACUGGACAUGCGCUUUAGAUAGCCCACUUCCCAAACACACAGACACGUGGAUAAGGUAAAGUUUGUAUUUUGUUUAGUUUCGGUUCAGGAUAUCAGACUGAUGCACUACCAUGGCUGCCUUCAACAGUUAUCAUAAGGACCAGACCUCUUGGUAUACUGCAUUGUCUUGCCUUUCCUCAGCUGUAUAAGAAUUCCCCUCCCCCCCCCUUCACAGUGCCAGGUGCCGCCCCCAGGAAGCUAGAGGUAGUGGCUGUAAACUCAACGGCCAUCAGGGUGACGUGGAAGCCACCCCUCCCAGGGAAGCAGCACGGCCAGAUCAGGGGCUACCAGGUCAUCUUCUCCAGGCUGGAGAACAGGGAGCCACGCGGUCAACCCAACAUCAUGGACGUAGCUCUACCUGAGGCUCAGGUACUAGUUUGGAUCUUUCUGAUUCAGAGGGGUUGGGUUAAAUGCGGAAGACACAUUUCAGUUGAAUGCAUUCAGUUGUACAACUGACUAGGUAUCCCCCUUUCCCUUUCCCUUUCUGUCUGUUUUUCUCUCUCUCUUUCAUCCUCUCUCUUUCAUCCUCUCUCUUUCUCUCUCUCUCGAUCUCUCUCUCUCUCUUCCUUCCUUUUCAAUUUGUUUAAUUAUGUCUUAUCUCUAUCUCUCACGAUCCCUCUCUCCCCCCUUUUCAUUCCCUGACUUUCAGUUUAUUUCAUUAUCUGUUUUAUCUCCAACUAUCGCUCGAUCCCUCUCUGUCUUUCAUUCUCUCUCUCUCUCUCUCUCUCUCUCUCUCUCUCUCUCUCUCUCUCUCUCUCUCUCUCUCUCUCUCUCUCCUCUCUCUCUCUCUCCUCUCUCUCCUCUCUCUCUCUCUCUCUUCACCCCUCUCUCUCUUUUCCAAUUGCACUCAAAGCCAUUUCCCCUUAAUUCCCCUUAGUUGGGGAUUAUUGUACUCUAACAGGGUUCUAUGCUAAUGUUAACAGUUGCAAAAUAUUUCAUGUAUGUUUUACAUCAGAAAGGCUUAGCGAUCCUGUUCCUUUAUAGAUCCUGCUCCUUUGAUGGCAUAUUUUAUUGUUAUGUUUAUUAUGUUACUAGUUUUUGCUUAGUAGCCAGAGCAUUGAUGCUGCGCAGGUGGUCAUGUGCUAAAUGCAAGGACAGCAUGGAUAUUCUUGAAAAAAGUGAAAUUUGGAAAUAGAGCUGCACCUCUUGAAUUUUGAGAGUUAUGUGACAAAGGUAAGUGGCAUAGAAACUGCAGAAUUGGCUUUUUCUGAUAUUAUAUGGAAAUCCAAAUGUCUGACCUGCAUGUGACUCUGAAAGAGGAUUUGAUAAAGUGAUGCUCCUUCAUUUUAAUUUUUUUUUAGUCAUUUAGCAGACGCUCUUCUCCAGAGCGACUUACAGUUAGUAAGUGCAUACAUUUUCAUACUGGCAAUACGUGGGAAUCGAAUCCACAACCCUGGCAUUGCAAGCGCCAUGCUCUACCAACUGAGCUACACGGGGGGCUCCUUUCCCUGCAUCUGUCAAUUACAAGAUGCGCCCAUCUUUUCAUGUACAAUUUGACAAUUGCAAAUAUUGUCACUCAUCAGAUCAUUGUAAUUUUAAUCUUGUCUAUAGGCUAUCUCUUAUUAUGUGUGAAAUUGGUUUCAGUAUAGUUUAGGUGUAGUUUCAAUGAGCAGUAGGCUGGCAUUGUUUGUUUCCCACUCAUCAACUUGGAUAGAGUCAAGGAUAUGUUUUGCAAUAUUCUAAAGGCUGCAAAACGUAGCAUGUUUUCGUUUCCCUUACAAUUAAUUUGAUUAGUAAUGGCGUUAUAGUAAAUAACAGCCUAUUUUUACAAAGUAUAAUAUAAAAGAGAAUGGUAUCAACCCGCAAGGCACGUGGUGAAAUUAUUAACAUGAGUGCCAACGCUGAUAAUUAGGCAUAGCACAAACUCAUCAAACUAUUGUUGUUCUAAAUUAAAUCCAUCUCUUCACCCUCAUCAUUCAGUUAGGCCUAAUAUAAAUGUGAUUGUGAAGUAACUUGCCCAAUUGUCGCCCAUUCCAUCCAUUGUCAUUCAUUCAGUGGCCUGGCAUCGUGUGCGUCCCUUCGCUCAUCAACUCGGAUAGUCAAAGAUAUGUUUUGCAUUAUUCUAAAAGCCUACUGCAACACCUAGCAUGUUUUUUGUUUGCCUUACAAUACAUUUUAUGAGUAAUAGUGUUAUAUUAAAUAAACAGUCCCAUAACAGCUUAUUUUUAUAAAGUAAAACUUAAAAGAGAAUGGUAUCAAAUCAAAUCAAUCAAAUCAAAUUGUAUUUGUCACAUGCAUCGAAUGCUUACUUACAAGCCCUUAACCAACAAUGCUGCAUUUUUGUAAAAGUAAGAAAAUCUUAAAUAAUAAUAAUAAUUAUAAUAAUAAUAAUAAUAAACUAAAGUAAGAAAAAAAAAUAACACAAUAAAAUAACAAUAACGAGGCUAUAUACAGGGGGUACCGGUACCGAGUCAGUGUGCGGGGAUACGGGUUAGUCCAGGUAAUUGAGGUCAUAUGUACAUGUAGGUAGGGGUAAAGUGACUAUGCAUAGAUAAUAAACAGCGAGUAGCAGCAGCGUAAAAAAGGGGGUCAAUGUAAACAGUCCAGGUAGCCAUUUGAUUAACUGUUUAGCAGUCUAAUGGCUUGGUGGUAGAAGCUGUUAAGGAGCUUUUUGGACCUAGACUUGGCGCUCCGGUACAGGGUUGCCGUGCGGUAGCAGAGACAACAGUCUAUGACUAGGGUGGCUGGAGUCUUUAACAAUUUUUAGGGCCUUCCUCUGACACCAUCUGGUAUAGAGGUCCUGGAUGGCAGGAAGCUUGGCCCCAGUGAUGUACGCACUAUCCUCUGUAGCGCCUUGCUGUCGGAGGCCGAGCAGUUGCCAUACCAUGCGGUGAUGCAACCAGUCAGGAUUCUCUUGAUGGUGCAGCUGCAGAACUUUUUGAGGAUCUCAGGGCCCAUGACAAAUAAUUUCAGUCUCAUGAGGGGGAAUAGGCAUUGUUGUUCCCUCUUCACGACUAUCUUGGUGUGUUUGGACCAUGAUAGUUUAUUAAUGAUGUGGACGCAAAGGAACUUGAAGCUCUUGACCCGCUCCACUACAGCCCCAUCGAUGUGAAUGGGGGCGUGCUCGGCCCCCCUUUUCCUGUUGUCCACGAUCAGCUCUUUUAUCUUGCUCACGUUGAGAGGGAGGUUGUUGUCCUGGCACCACACUGCCAGGUCUCUGACCUCAACCUGCAAGGCCACAAGGUCAUAUUAUUUGCUGCUGAUAAAUAGGCAUAACACAAACUCAUCAUUACACUAUUGUCUUUCUAAAUUAAAUCAACCACUUCACCCUCCUUAUCAUUCAGUUAGGCUUAAUUUAAAUUCAAUUGUGAAGGUGGAUUCGCCCAUUCAUCCAUGUCAUUAAUUCAGUGAGAAGAGAGAGACGCAUUGGCGCCUGGCUGGGUACCAAUGUCAUACUGCUUAUUGUCUUGGCGGGUUAAGUUAGGAAUAGGUGUGAAAAAAAAACAGGUAAAAAGGCUCUAAAUACUUUUCUGUUUGUGAUUUAAAAAUUCUGAAAAAUGAUUAAUGUAAAAUACAAACAUUUAGGAAAAGUCAGGGAAGGAGAAGGACAUAGCUUUUUUUACGCUGAUUUUUAAAAUUUACAAAAUCAAAUGUCAGUGGCCAUUGGCCAUUGGUCUAUGGCGGUUCGAGUGUUAAUACGUUACUGCACUGCCUUGUUCCAAAUUAGAUAUAUUCUCUCUCUCCGCUACCCCAACCAACUGCUUUACCACGUUGCAUUAAUGCAGGGAGAUGUGAAAGAAUGACUCUGAGCUGAGAGAGAGAGAGAGAGAGAGAGAGAGAGAGAGAGUGAGAGAGAGAGAGAGAGAGAGAGAGAGAGAGAGAGAGAGAGAGAGAGAGAGAUGGAUGGAUGAGAAGAUUGUAAUCCUUAAGAGGGAUUCGCAGAUUCAUUAAUAUCUCUCUCCUCCUCCUUCCCUUCCUCUUCCUCUUCCCCUCCUCACACCAUUGAGCCAUUAUCCCAGUAGCAGAGUGUUGCGUGCAGGUCCGUCACCCCUGGUUGACUCGUCACACCAGAUUCUCACACACAGUGUGCUGAGGGUGUGUGUGCAUGCCUGCUUUUUAUACAAUCCCUUGGUUUUUUUCCACUGUUCUCAAAUUUUUCCACCGCUCCCUUCAUCUCUCCAUUCAAGUAAUCGACUCUAAUGCAACAACUUGUUGCCUGUUAGCGCCUGUCAGCUUCCCAGCUAACAACAUUACGUUCCAGGACGUGACCAGAAAGUUAUUUUAGUCCCUACAUAAGUAAUGAUAAAGUUAUUGUGAAACAUUAUUUCUACGUAGCUGUGGUGUCCGCUGACAAAACUUACGUCCCAAGUCUUUUCAGGACGUAGAAAUGUGGGGGAUUUUAAACAGCUAAAUAACGUUAUUCAGUAGCGUUAUAAGAGAUGUCCUUGAAUCUUCCCUGAACGUGCACACUGUAACGUGCCUUAUUGCUACUGUAGGUACCCACUGACGAAAGUUACGUUCCCAGUGGUUACCAGAAACUGCAUUUUGUGGGGCUCUCAAUGUACUUUGACGUUUAGCGACGUUAUGGCGUGCCUGCGUCCGGCCUGCCACAGAAGUCGCUACAAAAUUACGUUCCAGGACGUGACCACAAAGUUAUUUUUGUCCCUACGUAAGUCAUGAUAACGUUAUUGUGAAACGUGCCUUCUACGUAGCUGUGGUGUCCACUGACAAAACUUACGUCCCAAGUCAUUUCAGGACGUAGAAAUGUGGUGGAUUUUAAACAGUUAAAUAUGUGUAUUUUUAGGUCAACCUCAUAACGUCACUAAACGUCAGAAAGUACGUUGAGAGCCCCAUAAAAUGCAGUUUCUGGUAACGUAACUUUCGUCAGUGGGUACCUACAGUAGCAAUAAGGCACGUAACUGUGUGAUGGGACAAGGACAUCCCGGCUGGCCAAACCCUCCCCUAACCCGGACAAUUGUGCAUCACCUCAUGGGUCUCCCGGUCGCGGCUGGCUGCGACACAGACAGGUAUCGAACCAGCAUCUGUAGCAACGCAGCUUGCACUGCGAUGCAGUGUCUUAGACCACUGCACCACUCGGGAGGCCCCUUAAGACACGUAAUUUCAUCUACCCUGAACAUAUACUUAGUAUCCUGUCAGUAGGUGUCCACUGACGAAAUAUGCAAAAUUCCAGAAAAUACGUUAUUUAUUUUAUUUUUACUUCAACUGUAUCACAAUAGAUUCGGAAACAAAAUCACAGCAAUAAGCUCACAAAAUAACAAGUCAGUAGAAACAUGAACACUGCACUCCAAUCAAGAACUGUAAAACUGCUUAACGCUAAAAGUGAAUAACUAUGUAAUGUUUAUUCAGGUGCUGCUGCUCCAUCCUCAUCCACUGUCGCUUCCUCGACCCACUCCUGGAAGUCACAAUAACACAAAUUGGUCAUUAUUUUCCAUAAACAAAUUAUCAAAAUCCUGGUUUGACGUCGACUCCCUACUACAUUCCUUUUGUACUAGCAUAAUAAUUUACCUAUACUGACCAACUGGAUUAAAGUGAAGUAAAAAAUAUAAAAAAAUUAAUCAAGUGUUAUUUUUAAUCAUACCUUUCUCUUACUCUUGAGCCGAGCUGGUGCAUGUUUGAGAGCGUCUGCUAUUUUGUCAUCUACCUCUUGGUAGGUAGCCUUGGGGUGUGCUUUCAGGGACGCUCCUAUGUUGUGAAAAAGAAUUGAAAUGGUACAUUCCAUGUCAUAUCACUACUUUUCCACCUAUGCUGGCUGAGACAGAGGUUGGGUAUUGUCCCUCUCUUCCCUCAUAGGCAGUUUUUGCCAUGAGACCUCUUUCCUUCACCUUUCCUUUGUCCCCUCUCUCCGAUCUUAGCAGCUGGUAGGAUUUCACAUUUAGUUUGUAACUGCCUUGUUACUGAUUUAAUUCAUUUGAAAUAACUACACAUUUGACUUACCAUCACUUGACCAAUAAUACUAUCUACUAAUUUACUUAUUUGUGACAGCAUCAUAGAUUGAUAGGUCAUUAAAGGCCCUCUUCCCUUUCCUGCCCUUCAAGGAGUAGCCUGUCCACAGCUCCUCUGUUCCAAUUUCUCAUCAUUCGUCUGAUUCCUGAACCCAGGUCCAGGCCACAGCAGAGGGUCAGGUAUCAGAUCUGAUAAAAAAAAGUAAUAAUAAUAAUUCCCACUCAUUUGUGUGUUCCUCAGCUAGAACAGCUGGCCAUACAGUUCUGAUUGAUAGUCAUGAGAAAUCAUUUUUGUAGUGUAUCAUGUAAUCAUGGGCUAAAACUUGUGUAAACAGGCAGAGGGCUGAUCGUUUCUUCUUAAGAUAAGUUAAGUGUUAAUUGGGAAAUCAAUCCAAAUUCUAAAUAGGCAUAUGGCAUAUAUGACAACUGCAUUUCAUUGACAUUAAGAUAUUUGGAUUCAAUAAUAUUGCAGGUUGCAAUCUUCUCUCAAAUCUGGACGCAUUCAAGGGGCUCUUGAUAAACAGCUAACUUAUUUUUGUCAAUUGCUGCAAAAAAAUGUGUAGAUUUCCCAUUUUAUACAAACAUAAAUUUUUAAUGGCCAUCCCUACCAUUUUCUUUCGAUAGUGGGAGUCUUUAAGUGUUUCACAGAUAUCCUUCAAUUCCUCAUUUGUUUCUGCAGGGUUUUGCAGCAUUUCAAGUUGCCCCAAGGAUUCCGAUUCCUUUGGCUGCCGGGCCUCUAUGGCCUCCAUAACUUGGUUCAGAGCAGUCUUGAACUCUGUACGGCUCAUCUCCAGUUUCACCAUUAUCCUCAUCUCCACUGCU